UCAACAUAUAUAAAAAAAAAUCCCGUCGCCCGAAUUACCGUACGGAGCCGAGAAGAAGGAUCGCUUCCUCACGGCCGUUCCGCGAACCGCCUUUUGCCCGAUAGAAAGAUAGAGAGAGAGAGAGAGAGAGAGAGAGAGGAGAGAGAAGGAAGGAGAGAAAGCGCGGUGGUGGAGAGCGAGAGGAGGGGGUUGGAGGCGAUGGAACGCCGGAAGGCGAUGACAUGGGCGAGGGUGGGGAAAUCGGCGCAGGCGGUGGCGGCGCACGGGCUGCUCUUCUGUUUCACUCUUUUCCUCGCCCUCAAGAUCGACGGUCGCAUCUCCUAUUCUUGGUGGAUAGUUUUUGUCCCUCUUUGGUUGUUUCAUGCUGGUGUUGCGCGUGGAAGGUUCUCCUUACCUGCUCCAUCACUACCUUAUGAUCGUCAUUGGGCACCUUGCCAUUCUAUCGUUGCGACACCAUUGUUAAUUGCAUUUGAGCUCCUUCUUUGUAUUUACCUCCAGAACAUCAGCACUCACACGGAUCCGGCUAUUAACUUGAAGAUUGUUUUUAUUCCCCUUUUGGCCUUUGAAGUAAUCAUUCUUGUUGACAAUUUCAGAAUGUGUAGGGCCUUAAUGCCAGGAGAUGAGGAAGGCAUGAGUGACGAAGCUAUAUGGGAGACACUUCCUCACUUUUGGGUUGCAAUCUCCAUGGUGUUCCUGAUAGCUGCUACAACAUUCACACUUCUUAAGCUAAGUGGUGACGUAGGUGCUUUGGGCUGGUGGGAUCUAUUUGUAAAUUUUGGAAUUGCAGAGUGCUUUGCUUUUCUCGUUUGCACAAAGUGGUCUAAUCCAAUGAUUCAUAGACAGCCUCAUCAUGGAGAAGCAAGCUCAUCCUCCACAGCAAUUAGAUAUCGUGACUGGAAUAGUGGCCUUGUGCUUCCUUCGAUCGAGGAUCAUGACCAGGAUAGAUUAUGUGGUCUGCAAGACAUAGGAGGCCAUAUAAUGAAAAUUCCACUUGUAGCUUUCCAGGUUUUGCUAUGUAUGCGCUUAGAGGGAACACCACCUAGUGCCCAACAUAUUCCAAUUUUGGUUCUUUUCCUGCCAAUAUUUCUUUUACAAGGUGCCGGCGUCCUAUUUGCUAUAUCAAGAUUGGUGGAGAAGCUUGUUCUUUUACUACGCAGUGGAUCAAUUAGUAAUAGAUAUCAGACAAUUUCAUCAAGAACUUAUGAUUGCUUUGCAUUCUUGCAUCAUGGUUCAAGAUUGCUGGGUUGGUGGUCUAUUGAUGAAGGUAGCAAAGAAGAGCAAGCUCGCUUAUUUCAUGCUGAAUCCACUGGGUAUAACACUUUUUGUGGUUACCCACCUGAGGUGGUGAAGAAAAUGCCUAAGAAGGAUCUUGCUGAAGAGGUUUGGAGGCUACAAGCAGCUUUGGGAGAACAAACUGAAAUCACAAAGUUCAGCCAGCAAGAGUAUGAAAGGCUUCAAAAUGAAAAGAUCCUAUGUAGGGUUUGCUUUGAGGGGGAAAUAUGCACGGUCCUCCUUCCUUGCCGGCACCGCACUCUUUGCAAGCAUUGCUCUGAGAAAUGUAAGAAAUGCCCUAUAUGCCGUGUCUCCAUUGAGGAACGCAUGCCUGUAUACGACGUAUAAGCUUGACUAACCUGUCAAAAGAAGAUAGAAUUGUACAGGUUUAACUUUGUUUACAGCUGUGUGUGUGUGUUCCCCCUUAUAUCAUAUAUAUUUAAACAUUGGAAAAUGAUCUUCAAUCCAACUCAUUGCUGAAUGAUGCAUCCAUGCAGCUUAAACUUGCUUGUAAUAUCUGAUGAAAGCAUUUAGGUGGCUGAUGAAAUUCAUGACAACUGUUCCAAUUACUUUUCUUUCCAUGUAAAUACGUUUUGACUUAUGCGCUAGAUCUAAAAUUAUAGUCACUAAAUGGCUUUUCCUUUUUGUUUUUUGUAUUUGUAAAACAAUGAUGAUGCUGUCCAAUCUAAUGGGGGCUUAAUAUCUGCCUUCCUAGUAA